AAAACAAAAAAAAAAAAAAAAAAGGAGGAGAAGAAAAGCCAUAGACAAAGAGGAAAAAAGCUUCCCCAGUUUCUUUUCACGCUUUAUCUCCAUAGUAAUCAUUCAGCUCAACUUUCCCCAACUUUUUCUUAGGGUUUUUUUUUUCUCUACUUUUCUCGAAUCACUUGCAGACAUUUUUAGCUAAUCUCGAGCUCGGAUUUCGGUGCUGAUUUAUUGCAUUUUAUGACAAUUGAUCCUGUAAACACUAGCGGAUUCCGAUUUUCCAGGUUUCAGCUUACUGAUUCAACCAUCUCCCUUUCGUAAAUUUCAAUUAACCUUCGAGAUUGUAUCACAAAGUCCCCAUGUUGCCUGACGGUUAGUGGGUGUUAUGGAUUGCGUAACAACCGCUACUCGGCUCAAGGGCUAUUGGUUCCAUUGUUUGCUGCAUUUAACAAUCUGGCUGUAUAGCUUCAAGAAUGUGAUAUCCCUCGACUCACUAUCCGAGCCCAUUCGCAUUUAUUCAGCACCUAAUUUAGCUAGCCCACCGAAAAGCGGAAUUUUCGAACCCAUCGAAAUAUCGCCCACCGUUAUCCCACAUUAUUCAUUCCCAGUUAACUCGUUACCUCCAAUGUACCCCACACAUCCUAGUACCUACGAUCCUGUCCUAACCGGGCGCUGCCCCGUAAACUUCUCCGCCGUUUCAAGUAUAAUGGAAAGAACAGCCUCCGACUGUAACCAGCCGUUAGCAGCAGUUGUAGGAAACGUUAUAUGCUGCCCGCAGUUCAGUAGCUUACUCCGUAUCUUCCAAGGACUGUACAGCACAGGUUCGGAUAAUCUAGUACUGCAAACCGCGCAUGCGGAUGAUUGUUUUAAGGAUAUUGUCAGUAUAUUAGCGAGCCGGGGAGCAAACAGUUCGAUCCCGUUUAUAUGCUCCGCGAAAUCUACGAACCUGACGGGUGGCUCUUGUCCUGUUAAAGACAUGGACACUUUCGAGAAAACGGUGAAUACGAGUAAAUUACUGGAGGCUUGUGGUUCAAUAGACCCUCUUAAAGAAUGUUGUAGACCGAGCUGUCAGCCCGUGAUUAUGGAGUCUGCACUUAAGAUAUCGGGGGUGCAAUCGUAUCUGAACGAUGAUAAGGGUACUGGUGGAAUUUCUACUCAUGUUGAUGUGAUCAGUGAUUGUAAAGGGGUCGUCUUUUCGUGGAUUUCGAAGAAACUUCCUAUCGAUUCCGCGAAUAAGGCGUUCCGAAUAUUGUCUGCUUGCAAAGUUAAUAAAGCUUGUCCUUUGGAUUUGAAACCGCCGUCAGAAGUAAUCGAUGCAUGCCACAAUGUUGCUGCACCUAGUCCUUCGUGUUGUAGCUCACUCAACAAUUACAUAGCAAGUAUUCAACGACAAAUGUUGAUAACUAAUCGGCAAGCAAUUAUGUGUGCCACCAUGUUCGGCUCCAUGCUCCAAAAGGGUGGUGUCAUCACAAAUGUUUACGAGCUUUGUGACGUGGACAUAAAAGAUUUUAGCCUACAAGCGUAUGGACAAGAAGGGUGUUUACUUCCGAGCCUACCUGCCGAUAUGGUGUACGAUAAUUCAACGGGGUUCAGUUUCACUUGUGAUUUGAGCGACAAUAUUGCAGCUCCGUGGCCAUCGUCAUCUUCCAUGACAUCUAUGUCUCUUUGUGCUCCUGAGAUGUCUUUGCCUGCACUACCUACGUCACAGAAUUCGGGUAAUCCUGGCUGCCGGGGAGGUGGGGUCGACUUUUUUGUACCGAUUCUUUCAAUUUUUGUAUUUAAUAUUUUAUUGUUUUGAGGAUACAUUUAGAAGAGGUUUGAGCCCAUUUAUGUUGUAGGGCUUUAGGAUUCCCUUUUGGCUGAUUGGUUACAUGUAUAUGUUGUUGAGCUUCGUUAUGUGUAUAGUAUUUGUUGUUCGGGAAAAAAAAAAAAAUGCCAUCGUCAUGAUCA